AUGUCCCAUCACUGGGGAUACGGCAAGCACAACGGACCAGAGCAAUGGCAUGAGAUCUUCCCCAUUGCCAAAGGAGAACGUCAGUCCCCUGUUGACAUCGAUACCAAAGCAGCCAAGCAUGACCCUGCUCUGAAGCCCCUGCAUAUUGGUUAUGAUCCAGCGACCGCUCGGAGGCUCAUAAACAAUGGUCACUCAUUCAACGUGGAAUAUGAUGACUCCCAGGACAGAUCAGUUCUGAAGGGAGGACCCCUGGAUGGUACUUACAGAUUGAUACAGUUCCACUUUCACUGGAGUUCAUCUGAUGAACAAGGUUCUGAACACUCAGUGGAUAAAAGGAAAUUUGCUUCAGAGCUUCACUUGGUCCAUUGGAACACCAAAUAUGGGGAUUUUGGAAAAGCUGUGCAACAACCUGAUGGAGUGGCUGUUUUGGGCAUUUUCCUGAAGAUAGGCAGUGCUAAACCAAGUCUUCAGAAAGUCAUUGAUGUACUGGAUUCCGUUAAAACGAAGGGUAAAAGUGUCGAUUUUAGUAACUUUGAUCCUAGCAGCCUCCUUCCUGACAACUUAGACUACUGGACUUAUCCAGGCUCACUGACCACCCCUCCACUCCUGGAAUGUGUUACCUGGAUUGUGUUAAAGGAACCCAUCAGUAUCAGCAAUGAGCAGGUGUUGAAAUUUCGUAGUCUUAACUGCAACGGGGAGGGCGAACCUGAAGAACAAAUGUUGCAAAACUGCCGUCCACAUCAGCCCCUGAAAAAUAGGCAAAUCAGAGCUUCCUUCAAAUAA